AUGCGGCUAUCCCAUGGAAGUCCGUUUGGGGGAGCGCUGUUGUGUUUCAAAGGUAGUGGAAUCGUGUGCUUUCACGAUUGGGGAACGGGAUCACUGGUUCAAAGGAUUGAAGUCGAAGCUCGAGAUGUUUUUUGUUCAGCAUCGGGAGAACAUGUGGCGAUUGCCAGCGAAGAAUUGCUUGGCAUUCUAAGGUUUAAUCAACAAGCAUACUCGGAAUUUCUGGCCAAACGCGGUGAACUAGGAGACAACGGGGUGGAGGCAGCGAUUGACCUUUUGCACGAACUGCCUGAAGUUGUCCAGACCCAACAAUGGGUUGGAGAUUGUUUGAUAUUCCAGCUGGGUGUCCCAGAAGAAUUGGCUGAUGGUUUGCUCCUUACAGUCACUCAUCUUUGGUGA